AUGAGUUCUCCUCAGGACAAACAGUUGGCCCUGCAGGCCGACCCUGAACGGCCCGACUUCAUGAACCCCGCGGUUUUUCGCAGAAAUACCCUCCCCGCGCGUUCUUAUCACAUUCCCUCUACAUCUCUGCUUCUUAAUGGGGCCUGGGAGUUCAAUAUGUCCCGAUCACCACCGGAGGCGCCGGAGCCUAAUGAGAAGACCCCCGACGAGUUCUGGUCGAGUAUUAAUGUUCCAGGCCAUUGGCAGUUACAGGGUUGGGGAAAGCCGAAUUACACCAACACACAAUUCCCGAUCCCAGUGUGCCCUCCCUUUGUACCCACCGAAAAUCCCACGGGUACAUACCGCCGGAAAUUCCAAGUGCCGGCCGAAUGGAAGUCCAACAAUACAGAGAUUCGUUUGCGAUUUGACGGCGUCGAUAGCGCGUACCAUGUUUGGGUGAACAAGUCCUUGGUCGGGUAUGCGCAGGGCAGUAGAAACGCUUCUGAAUUCGAUGUGACACCAUUUUUGCUGGAAGGUGACAAUGAAGUCUUUGUGCGAGUGUAUCAAUGGUCAGACGCUACGUAUAUUGAAGAUCAAGAUCAGUGGUGGCUAUCUGGUAUUUUCCGAGAUGUCACUUUGAUUGCAUUCCCAGCCGACGAUUGUUUGAAUGACUGGUUCAUUCGCACAGACCUCGACUCAGAAUACAAAAAUGCGACGCUUCUCGCAACGAUCGAUUAUCAAGCCUCGGAGCGAAGCACCGUUGCACUCAAUUUGAUUGAGUCAGUGGACGGCACCAGUCAUGUCAUUACUUCCACAGAGUGCACUGUGGAGCCAGAAACAUCUGCAGUUGAGCUCAGAUUGCCUGUUGCCAACCCCAAAAAAUGGACUGCUGAGCAGCCGUAUCUUUAUGAAGUGGAGAUGAUUCUGACAACUCCUGAUUCUAACAAGAAAUUCAAGACCACGCAGCGCAUCGGCUUUCGCAAAGUUGAGCGCAAGGGUGGCUUCAUCACCGUUAACGGAAGGGCUAUUCAGCUUCGUGGAGUCAACCGACACGACCACCACCCAAUUAUGGGUCGUGCCGUGCCGCUGGACUUUAUGAGAAAAGAUCUUCUUCUCAUGAAAGCUCACAAUGUCAAUGCCCUCCGCUGCAGCCAUUAUCCUCCCGACCCUCGGCUUCUGGACAUGGCUGAUGAGCUGGGCUUCUGGAUUAUCGACGAAGCUGAUCUCGAAUGCCAUGGCUUUUAUGACGCUGUCUCACGGCCAAUGAACAUGGACGAAACUCUUGGCUACGAGGAGCGCAAGGCAAUGACCUUCCCCAAAUGUGGUGCCCAUACAUCAGACAAUCCUGUCUGGCGGGCAGCCUACGUUGAUCGAGUUCAUUCCCUGAUUCAACGAGACAAGAACCAUACUAGUGUUAUCAUCUGGUCUAUGGGGAAUGAGUCUUUCUUCGGCACAUGUCACCGUUCCAUGGUAGAGUAUGCGCGGGCGUUUGACGGCACUCGCUUGAUCCAUUACGAGGGUGACAUGGAUGCGGAAACCACAGACAUGUACAGUUACAUGUAUCCAGAAAUUGACCGCUUGAAGUCCUUGGCAGCCACAGAGGGCGUUGCAACCAAUGGAGAGUUUGACAAGCCUAUCAUUCUUUGUGAAUACGCCCAUGCCAUGGGCAAUGGGCCGGGUCUGCUUACGGAUUAUGAGAAAUGUUUCGACGAGAUCCCGCGUUUGCAGGGUGGUUUCAUCUGGGAAUGGGCCAACCACGGGUUGUACGUUGAAGGAAACAGCAAAAAAGAUGGCUUUUAUGCCUACGGUGGUGACUUCGAUGACUAUCCUAAUGAUGGAACAUUCGUGAUGGAUGGUCUCUUGAACAGUAUUCACCAACCUCUACCAGGUCUGUUAGAGUUAAAGAGAGUUUUUGAGCCCAUCAAGCUGGAAGUCCGUGGAAAAGUCUUGACUUUGAGAAACCGGUACAACUUUUUGGACCUAAGCCAUCUCCAAGCUUCCUAUAAGCUUGAAGCAUUUGACAAGCAAAAAAAUACCUUAGCAACUGGAUUGCUGGAGCUGCCCAUUGUGCUUGCCGGGCAAUCUGCUGAUAUUUCUCUCCCGGCAGAGCUCUUCCAACACAACGCCCAUCCGGCCUACUUGACUGUUACACUUGAACAACGAGGAAAAGUUGAAUGGGAUCAAGGGUCUUACGUCGUUGCCUGGACACAAGAUUUGGUAUCAAAGCCAACCGAGAAUGCCCCAGUCAAUGGCCUGAGCUCUGCUCAGGAUACUAUCUCGACCAAGUCCACCAAGACAACGGUGUCUGUCAACGGAGCCAACUGGUCCUUUGAAUUUGAUCGCAUUCGGGGGCAUCUCAAGAACUGGACAUACAACUCAACGUCUAUUCUUGAGCCGCAUCCCGACACAGGGCUUGCCAUGGUGCCUGGUUUCUGGCGUCCUCCGACGGACAACGACGUACCUUCUGCGAUGCCGUAUUGGAAACGAUUCGGAGUGAACUGUCUUACAAACCAGCUCCGGUCUUUCAAUACGUCAUCAAUGGAGGAUGGAAGUGUUGAGGUCGAAAGCGAGACAUUCAUCUCCCCUCCAGUCCUUUCCUGGGGAUGGAAAUGCAUUGCGCGUUACACCAUCGAACCCAGCGGCUUGUUGUCCAUCACCGUAAGCAUGCAGCCCACUGGAGCCGCACCGACAACUGUUCCGCGUGUUGGUCUCAACCUUCGUGCAAACUCUGACCUGCAAUCCGCACGUUGGCUUGGACUUGGUCCUGGAGAAUCGUAUCCCGACAAGAAGGUUUCCCAGAAGUUUGGUUUGUGGAAUGUUGAUGACAUCGAAUCCCUACAGACAGUUUAUGACAUUCCGCAGGAGAAUGGAAACCGUAUAGACACUGCAUGGGUUGAACUUCUCGCUCCCAAUGGCACUGGCUUCCGCGCAAGCCCACAGGAAAGCACUGUGGUGAAUGGAGGAACGGCAAGCUUGAGCUGGGCAGCUAGUCAGUACUCCGAUGAGACCAUUGAGGCUGCACGGCACCAUUGUGAUCUCAUCAAAGAUGACGCGGUGUUUGUGAGAUUGGAUAACCAAGUUGCAGGUGUAGGCAGUGCAGCCUGUGGCCCGGGGCCUAUGGAUGAGCAUCUAGUUAAGGUGCAGGAUAUCGCCUUUGGUAUGCUAUUAGAGCCUGUAUCUUUGUGA